AUGCCGAAUUUAUCCGUUGUCCGCCCUCCUCGGAUGCCGAAUUUAUCCAUUGUCCGCCCUCCUCCGAUGCCGAAUUUAUAUUCAUCCGUUGUCCGCCCUCCUCCGAUGCCGAAUUUAUCCGUUGUCCGCCCUCCUCCGAUGCCGAAUUUAUACGUUGUCCGCCCUCCUCCGAUGCCGAAUUUAUCCGUUGUCCGCCCUCCUCCGAUGCCGAAUUUAUCCAUUGUCCGCCCUCCUCCGAUGCCGAAUUUAUCUGUUGUCCGCCCUCCUCCGAUGCCGAAUUUAUCCGUUGUCCGCCCUCCUCCGAUGCCGAAUUUAUCCGCCUUGUCCGAAUUUAUCCCUCCUCCGAUGCCGAAUUUAUCCAUUGUCCGCCCUCCUCCGAUGCCGGAAUUUAUACGUUGUCCGCCCUCCUCCGAUGCCGAAUUUAUCCAUUGUCCGCCCUCCUCCGAUGCCGAAUUUAUACGUUGUCCGCCCCUCCUCCGAUGCCGAAUUUAUCCGUUGUCCGCCCUCCUCCGAUGCCGAAUUUAUCCAUGUCGUCGAAUUUGUCCUGUUGUCCGCCCUCCUCCGAUGCCAAAUUUAUCCAUUGUCCGCCCUCCUCCGAUGCCGAAUUUAUCCGUUGUCCGCCCUCCUCCGAUGCCGAAUUUAUCCAUUGUCCGCCCUCCUCCGAUGCCGAAUUUAUCCGAUGAUGCCGAAUUUAUCCGUUGUCCGCCCUCCUCCGAUGCCGAAUUUAUCCGCCCUCCUUGUCCGCCCUCCUCCGAUGCCGAAUUUAUACGUUGUCCGCCCUCCUCCGAUGCCGAAUUUAUCCAUUGUCCGCCCUCCUCCGAUGCCGAAUUUAUCCAUUGUCCGCCUCCUCCGAUGCCGAAUUUAUCCAUUGUCCGCCUCCUCCGAUGCCGAAUUUAUCCGUUGUCCGCCCUCCUCCGAUGCCGAAUUUAUCCGUUGUCCGCCUCCUCCGAUGCCGAAUUUAUCCGUUGUCCGCCCUCCUCCGAUGCCGAAUUUAUCCGUUGUCCGUUGUCCUCCUCCGAUGCCGAAUUUCCGAUGCCGUUGUCCGCCCUCCCCGAUGCCCGUUGUCCGCCUCCUCCGAUGCCGAAUGUUAUCCGAUUGAAUUUAUCCGUUGUCCCCUCCUCCGAUGCCGAAUUUAUCCGUUGUCCGCCCUCCUCCGAUGCCGAAUUUAUCCAUUGUCCGCCCUUCUCCGAUGCCCGUUGUCCGCCCUCCUCCGAUGCCGAAUUUAUCCAUUGUCCGCCUCCCUCCGAUGCCAUGUUGUCCGCCCUCCUCCGAUGCCGAAUUUCCGUUGUCCGCCCUCCUCCGAUGCCGAAUUUAUCCGUUGUCCGCCCUCCGAUCCGAUGUCCGCCCUCCUCCGAUGCCGAAUUCCGUUGUCCGCCCUCCUCCGAUGCCGAAUUUAUACGUUGUCCGCCCUCCUCCCAUUGGUCCUCCGAUGCCGAAUUUAUACGUUGUCCGCCCUCCUCCGAUGCCGAAUUUAUACGUUGUCCGCCCCCCGAUGCCGAAUUUAUCCGUUGUCCGCCCUCCUCCGAUGCCGAAUUUAUCCGUUGUCCGCCCUCCUCCGAUGCCGAAUUUAUCCAUUGUCCGCCCUCCUCCGAUGCCGAAUUUAUACAUUGUCCGCCCUCCUCCGAUGCCGAAUUUAUACGUUGUCCGCCCUCCUCCGAUGCCGAAUUUAUACGUUGUUCCUCCGAUUGA